CAAAUACAUACGAACUAGUCCAACUCUCAAUUCUUUUCAAUAUAUAUGUAUUAAUUCCACACCUGAGAUAUUGCACAUCCAAAUUAAAUAAAUCUUGAACUAUCCAUCUAUCAACGGAUGGAUAUGGCAAAUCAUCAGAAGAUUCAUCCGCUCAAUAUGAGUAGUAGUGCCCAUGAUGAUCAACAACUAGAUGCUGAGGCACCACAGGCUCCCACGGUUCCAUUGGUGCCCCGAGGCUCCUCCAAAUCUGAUAAAGGCGAUGCAGCUGCACAUCUCCUUCCUCGUGACAACCAGCACUACCCUCCUUUUCAGCGUACAAUCCCGGUCAUCCACACUAAACCACCCAAGGAGAGAAGCAGCUGUUGUUGCAGAUUCUUGUGUUGGACACUCUCUCUUCUCUUCCUCCUCAUUCUUCUCAUUGGAGUUGUUGCUGGAAUUCUUUACCUUGUCUUCCAACCUAAACUCCCAAAGUACUCCAUCGAUCGGUUGCAAAUUACCCAAUUCAAUCUCACAAACAAUUCCAGCUUAACUGCAACCUUCGAUGUCACCAUCACGGCUAGGAAUCCCAACAAGAAAGUGGGCGUCUACUAUGAGGGAGGGAGCCAUAUAAGCGUGUGGUACACAGGCACAAAUCUAUGUCAAGGUUCGCUGCCAAGAUUCUACCAGGGUCACAGGAACACCACCGUGCUUAAUGUGGUGUUAUCAGGACAAACAAAUGAUGCCAAUACAUUGAUCACUUCACUGCAACAGCAACAGCAGCAGACUGGAAUCAUUCCUUUGAACCUCAGGGUUAUUCAGCCUGUGAGAAUCAAGUUUGGCAAGUUGAAGAUCAUGAAGGUGAAGUUCAGGGUCAGAUGCAGACUAGAUGUCGACAACUUAGCUGCUAAUAACGCCAUUAAUAUUAGAAAUAGUAGCUGUAAGUUUAGGUUUAGGCUAUAAAUUAACUUUAUGAAUUAUUUCAUAUCUAUAUUUCAUUUUGAUCGAGCUACAUGUAUUAUGCCCAUGGACCAUUGAUCAAAAGGUUUUUUUUUUCUUUUAAUUUUCACAGUUUUUCUUAGCUAUUUUACCCGCUCCUAAUUAAAGAUGGAGGAUUAUAAUUAUGUGAUUUUUUUCCUCCAUGUCUUUAAAUUGCCAUGUAUUACUAUUAGUGUUGCAUUUAUUCUGCAUAUAUUAAAUUUUUACAUUACUUUUCCA